CCCUGCUUCCUCAAGGACUGGGAGCUCCACGUCCACUUCAAGAUCCAUGGAGCUGGCAAGAAGAACCUGCAUGGGGAUGGCCUGGCGCUGUGGUACACACAGGAGCGCCUGGUGCCAGGUCCUGUCUUUGGCAGCAAGGACAACUUUCAUGGACUGGCUAUUUUCCUUGAUACCUAUCCCAACGAUGAAGCCACAGAGCGCGUGUUCCCCUACAUCUCUGCCAUGGUGAACAAUGGCUCCCUGACAUAUGACCACAGCAAGGACGGGCGCUGGACGGAGCUGGCAGGGGGCACUGCCGACCUGCGGAACCAGAACCAUGACACCUUCCUGGCCAUCCGGUACUCCCGCGGCCGCCUGACGGUGAUGACUGAUGUGGAAGACAAGAAUGAAUGGAAGAACUGCAUUGACAUUGCGGGGGUGCAGCUGCCAACUGGCUACUUCUUUGGUGCUUCUGCUGGCACUGGAGAUUUGUCUGACAAUCAUGACAUUAUCUCGAUGAAGCUAUUCCAGCUCAUGGUGGAGCACCCCAUAGAAGAUGAGACCGUUGACUGGACCAAGAUAGAGCCUAGCGUCAGCCUCCUUAAAUCACCCAAAGACAAUGUAGAUGACCCAACGGGGAAUUUCCGAAGUGGGCCUCUGACAGGCUGGAAGGUGUUUCUGCUCCUACUCUGCGCGCUGCUGGGCAUCAUUAUCUGUGCUGUGGUGGGAGCUGUGGUCUUCCAGAAACGCCAGGAACGGAACAAGCGUUUCUACUAGCAGAAGACCUGGGCUGUGACCUGUGCCCAAACCCAUCUUUUCUACGGGGAGGUGUAAAUCUGUGGUUUCUAGAAGCUGUUUCUGAGAAAUAUCAGAAGUAUUUUUUAUCUGUCUGUUGGCUGUAACCCCUGCCUGGCACUUGGCGGCUGGCGGGUUGGACUAAGGGGGGACAAUGCCCGCUGGGACCCUGGGGCUGUUCUGUGGGAGCCUGGAUGUUGCUCCCCUGUUUUUCCAGUGCUCC